AAACAAGCUACCUCUACCGAACUAUAGGCACUCCUCGUCAGUAAUCAGUAAUUACUAAUCAUAACGAUGAAUAUAAAAUACAGUCUCCCCACUUGCAGACGCGGGUUUAGAAAAGAAUAAGCCACUUCCGAGCUACUCAGCGCAAAAGGAAGGGGUAGCGCAAGGCCCAGGUGUCGGUGACAAAGAUGCCUACCUCGUCGAGUUUGAUGGGGGCGACCCUAACAACCCCAUUAACUUCCCCUCCAUCUACAAGAUAUGGCUUGUUCUCCAAAUGAGUAUGUUGGCAUUUUGUGGUCUUGGGGGGGCGUCAAUUAUUGCACCGUCAGUGCCAACGGUUGCAGGUUACCUGAACUCUAGCAUCGAGGUUCAAGUUCUGAUGAUUGCCUUGUUUCUUCUAGGGUUUUCACUAGGCCCGCUGGUUUGGGCCCCAAUCAGCGAGGUAUACGGCCGCAGAUGGUCAAUGCUUCCUGCGGUCUUUAUCUACUGCCUUUUCAGUAUUGGAACAGCAACGAGCACGGAUGCCGCAAGCAUUUUUGUCACCCGUUUCUCUGCUGGCAUUUUUGGUUCAGCGCCCGUUACCAUCGGUCCUGCAGCCUUGGCCGACUUCUUUUCUCCUCGGACAAGAGGAAUAGCAACAGCUUUCUUUGUGACAUGCGUGAUAGGAGGACCGAUCCUUUCUCCAAUAAUCGGCGCUGCGUUGACUAUAAAUCCGCACCUUGGGUGGCGAUGGACAGAGUACAUGGAAGCCAUUAUAUCAUUUUUUAUUUUUACAAUUACGCUCGUUUGUUUGCCAGAGACAUACCAUCCGGUCUUAUUGAAGAGUAAGGCACAAAGUCUACGCAAGACCACUGGAAUGGAGCAAUAUUGGCACCCGCAUGAGAAUGAGAAGUUAAAUCUCAACAACACUAUCACCAAGCAUCUAAACCGCCCUUUACUAAUGCUCUUUACUGAACCCAUGGUGGCAUUAAUUUCACUCUAUUCGGGGUUUGUAUACAGCCUACUCUUCCUCACUUUAGAAGUUUUCCCAAUCGUCUUCGGGGAGCAAAGACAGUACAGUCUCGUUGUGUCCACUCUUCCGUUUUUGGGGAUUUUUGUGGGUGUUCUCUGUGGAACGGCUAUCAACAUCGGCAACCAGCCAUGGUACGCCCGGGCAGUGAAGAAGAAUAAUGGCCUUGCAGUUCCCGAAGCACGCCUUCCCCCCAUGAUACUCGGUGGUAUUUUAUUCUCGAUUGGGUUAUUUUGGUUCGGCUGGACAGCUGCGCCGCGGUUUCAUUGGGCGCUACCUGUUGUAGCAGCAGGCUUUAUUGGCGCUGGAUUCAACGUUGUUUUCCAGCAAAGUUUGAACUUCCUCAUAGACGCCUAUGGGCCGUUCGCAUCGAGUGCAAUUGCAUCCAACACUUUCUUACGCUCUCUGUUGGCUUGUGCAAUGCCCUUGGCUGCGAGGCCAAUGUUUCUGAACAUGGGAGUUGGUCCCGCAGCAAGUUUAUUGGGUGCAAUCUCCUGCUUGGCUCUGCCAGUGCCAUUCAUAUUCAUAAAGUAUAGCUCCCAGUUACGGAAGAUGUCCAAGUUUACUCCUAUGGUGGAAGAUUAGGCAGUUUUGACCAAGAGUGAAAUGAGUCACAUGAUUUUUGCGGAUUACAGAGGUAAUAGUUUAGAGACUUCAGAAAAUAGAAACCAU